AUGGCUUACUUCAGAAACUUUGCAGUAGUCGGAGCUGGUGGCCUGGGGAGCUUUAUCGUCCAUGAGCUGCUGAAGCAGAAGGUGUUGGGCAAGGUUGGGGAGGUCACUAUCCUGUCACGCACCAUUACAGGUCUAGAUCGCUUCGCCUCUCAAGGUGCCAAGUUGGUCCCUCUCGACUACGACAAUGUCAAUCCUCUCAAGACAGUCCUCAAAGGCACGGAUGUAAUAAUCUCCACCGUUGCAAAGCCUGCCAUACCGAUGCAGGAUAUCCUUGCCCGAGUCGCCAAGGAUAGCGGUGUGAAGCUUUUUGUGCCUUCCGAAUUCGGUAUGCCAACGCUCGGAGGGACAACGGGACUGUGGGGCUUGAAGAACGCACACCGGCUGGCCCUUGAGCAGAUGGGCGUACCUUACACGAUCUUCUUCACAGGUGGCUUUACCGAUGCUUCUUUUGGCACCGAUCUUGGGUUCGAUUUCCCGAAUGCCAGGGUUCACCUUGCUGGAAGCGGCAAUAAUCUUGUCUCCUUCACCAGCCGAGUUGACAUCGCACGUUACGUGAUUUAUGUGCUCAUCUCUCUCCCCCCAUCUGCUCUGGAGAACGCAGUCUUGCGGAUUGAGGGGGAACGUGCUACGCACGUGGACGCUCUCCAGCAAUACGAGACGGCCACUGGCAAGAAAUUGGACAUUACCUGCGAAUCCGUCGACUCUCUUCGGGCCACACUCUUGAAAAAUCCCAUGAAUUUCCGUGCGGCACUCUUCCUCAGUUUUGAGGCUGGAAACGGGCUUGUCGGAAAGCCGGAAGAGCUUACGAACGAUCUUUAUCCUGAUUGGAAUCCGCAAUCUAUCUUAGAUGUGUUAUUAUCGGAGGACAACAAUGUGCGUACAUAA